CUCUGUUCUGCAGUCGUCGAUUGUAGUGAACUCUCUCGUUUGAAUUUCUGAUUCAUAAGUACACCGUGACGUCAUUAUGCCGCCAAAAGUAAGUGGGAAAGCUGUGAAGAAAGCCGGCAAGGCUCAGAAGAAUAUCAACAAGGCUGACAAAAAGAAGAAAAGGAAGAGGAAGGAAAGCUACGCUAUUUACAUCUAUAAAGUAUUGAAACAAGUACACCCUGACACCGGUGUCUCCAGUAAGGCGAUGAGCAUCAUGAACAGUUUUGUUAACGAUGUGUUUGAACGCAUCGCCGCCGAAGCAUCCAGACUGGCUCAUUAUAACAAACGCUCGACCAUCACCUCCCGGGAAAUUCAGACCGCGGUCAGGCUUUUACUCCCUGGUGAGUUGGCUAAGCACGCCGUCAGCGAGGGUACCAAGGCAGUCACUAAAUACACCAGCUCGAAAUAAGCAAAAUUAUUUUGCUGGAACAACAAUCGGUCCUUUUCAGGA